AAUCUAACCAAACGUCUUCGAUUUAUCACUCAACCAAACCCCGAUGUCGAGCCCGCGCGGUGCUUCCAAAGACGGCAAUGGAGUCGGUAGAGAAGCCGCCGUCGCCAAAACGGCGGGGUUUGUGGUCUUCUCGGGCAUUGCAAUCAGCAUCCUCAAAACGUUAAACCCACUCAACAAAAAUAAAAAUGAUACCAGUCAGCCACUCGCCGAGUCCACUCAGCCCAGCCCACCUCUUCCCCAACCGCAACCGCAACUGCCCGUCGCCAAGAAACCUAGUAGUUGUGCGGAUCAAAGUAAACCCGAGUCAAGAUCAUGCAGAACAAUUGACAUAGUGAAGGGAGAUACGCUUUGGGGUCUCUCUAGAAAAUAUGCGGUGUCCAUUGAUGCUAUCAAAGAGGCUAAUGGACUUUCAGGGGACACCAUCUAUGCUGGCAAGAAACUCGUGAUUCCAUGAAGGAUGUAAAUGGAAAGGUUUGUUUGGGAGGGCGGUUGGUUGAUUUAGGGUAUGGAAGGUAAACUCGUGAAUAAUAGAUCAAUCUUCGGAUUUUCUCUUGGUGAUAUUCAGUGCACCAAACUGCCGAUUUUAUUGAAUUGCAUGGUUUGCCGCUAUGGUUUUUGUUGUUUUGAACUAAACAGUAUGUAUUCGUGAUACAUUGGUACCUAUGUUUUUGUCAGCCCCUGGUUUCUAUCUUUUGCUGUAAAAUAUUGAUGCCUUUUAAGAAAUUCUUGAUACUUAUGCUCCUUUGAAAGCAAAAAAAGCAUGAUCUUCUUGAAGAAUGCUAUGGUUGUAUUUAAUUUAAUUUGUUCUUCUUCCAUCUUUUUUAUAG